CGGCCGGCGCCGCCCAGCCUCGCCACCGCCUCCGCGUGGGAUUAAGGGAUGGGGAUGUUCGGUCUGCAGGCGAGCGGCGCGGCGGCGUCGUGGAUGGUGGGGCGGAUGGGCACGGACGCGCACCUCUACGACGACCCCGAGGACGCCGCGCUCCCGGCGCUCCUCGACUCCCGCUUCGACGCCGACAAGGUCGACGCGCUCAAGCGCCUCCUCGCGCUCAUCGCGCAGGGCGUAGACGUCGCGCACCUCUUCCCGCAGGUGGUCAAGAACGUGGCGGCUCAGUCUCUGGAGGUCAAGAAGCUCGUCUACCUCUACCUCCUCCACUACGCCGAGAAGUAA